UCUCAGUGGCCCAGAGCUAACGCUAGGUGGCGUCGGACAGAAAGAUUCAUUCUCACCAGCGGACCCUGAUUCACUGACCACGUCCAUCCCAGAGGUGGGAAACUAAACUCCAGCAGCUCCCAGCACCAGCCGUGCUCUUCAGUAGCAGCGCGGCUCACGAGGAAGAAACAACUAUGAGAGAGUAGGUAGCAUGCACGGACAAUUCACGUAAAUGGCGCCUUUCAAAAGGAGAUUAUAUCAGCGCUUGCUGGUCUUUGUCGUUUUUCUUCCAAUCUCAGGUGUUUUAUGCUUUAGCGAGUUAUUUUUCAUCAAGGAGCCACAUGACGUCACUGUCAUGCGGCGAGAUGCUGUUAUUUUGGACUGUCAGGCGCAUGGAGAGUCACCCAUUGACGUCAGAUGGCUGAAGAAUGGAGUAAAAGUGGUGGAGAACGAACGGGUGUACCUGCUCUCCAAUGGAUCGCUUUAUAUUUCAGAAGUGGAGAGCAGAAGAGGAGACAAAUCAGAUGAAGGGCUCUAUCAGUGCCUCGCUCAGAACAAAUACGGUGCAAUCCUGAGCCAGAAAGCUCAUCUUACAAUCGCAAGUAUCUCCUCUUUUGCAAUGCAACCGACAUCAGUAGUGGUGACACAAGGAUCAGUUGCUAGGUUUUCCUGCAAAAUCAGUGGACACCCUCCUCCAAUCAUCACUUGGGAGUUUAAUCGGGUCACAUUACCCCUUGCCACUGAAAGAAUCACAGUCCUGCCCAAUGGUGUUCUUCAGAUCCAUGGAGUGCAGCGAGGAGAUGCAGGAAAUUACCGCUGCAUCGCCACCAACAUUGCCAGCCGCCGCCGAAGUACGGAGGCCACCCUCACUGUCACCCCAGCCACCAGCCUCCAGCUUCCCCAGAGGCCACGCAUCAUCACUGGGCCACAGAACAUUUCAGUGUCCCUGCACCAGAAUGCUCUCCUGGAGUGCAUGGCCACAGGCAACCCACGACCCAUCAUCUCCUGGAGCCGAGCCGACAGCAAGUCUAUUGAUGUUUACAACACCAAAGUGUUGGGAAAUGGGAACCUCAUUAUCACAGACAUUAAGCCACAGCACGGAGGAGUUUAUAUGUGCAGAGCCACCACUCCUGGCACGCGAAACUAUACUGUUGCUUCAGCCAAUGUCACUGUGUUAGCCCCCCCUUCCUUGGUUGAGUGGCCGGAGAGUCUGACCCGUCCACGUGCCGGCACAGCCCGCUUUGUGUGCCAAGCUGAAGGAGUACCAACACCUCAAAUCACUUGGCUCAAGAACGGAGAGAAAGUUCAUUCCAAUGGUCGCAUAAAGAUGUACAACAGCAAACUGGUCAUCAAUCAGAUCAUCCCUGAGGACGACGCCAUCUAUCAGUGCCAGGCAGAGAAUGAGCAGGGAUCAGUCCUCUCCAUGGCAAGGCUCAUUGUGGUGAUGUCUGAGGAUCGGCCAAGUGCCCCCAGGAAUAUCCGAGCUGACACUGUGUCAAGCUCAGCCAUCCUUCUGGCUUGGGAGAGGCCUCUGUAUAACUCUGAUAAAGUUAUUGCUUACUCAGUGCAUUACAUGAAGGCUGAAGGAUUAAACAACGAGGAAUAUCAAGUUGUCAUUGGAAACGAUACAACUCGCUUCAUUAUCGAUGACCUGGAGCCGGCUUGCAACUACACCUUCUACGUUGUGGCCUACAUGCCCAUGGGGGCCAGUCGUAUGUCGGAUCAUGUGUUCCAGCACACCCUCGAGGAUGUUCCCCUCCGCGCCCCUGAGCUCAGCCUCACCAGCAACAGUCCCAUGGACAUCCAGGUGUCUUGGCAACCCCUUCCAGACAAACUGAGUCGUGGCCGAGUCUCUGCCUAUCGCUUAUCCUAUCGCACCAGUGCUGAGAAUACAGUCUCACAGGUAGAGCUACCUGGGGACAAGACCCAGCAUCUCCUGGAAAACCUUCAGCCUGACACCAUCUACCUCCUUCGUAUUGUUGCUGCCACCAGCGUAGGAUGGGGAGAGCAGUCUGCCUGGACGUCCCACCGCACCCCGAAGGCAUCCAGUGCUCGAGUUCCUCUGGCUCCUGAGCUGCAUUUGGAACCUUUAAACUGCACCACUGUUUUGGUGCGCUGGCAGCUGGCACCCAGGAACUCAGCCAGUGUGCAAGGCUACAGACUCUUCUACCAUGAGGAAAGCCAGUCAGAGAGUGCCCCGGUUCAGCUGAGUGCCACGGAGAAUACACGCACUAUUGGUGGUCUUGACCCAAGGAAGAAGUAUCACAUCAAGCUUCUGGCUUAUAAUUUUGUCGGAGAUGGCUAUCAGGCAGAUCGGACUAUCAGCACCCCUGGAUGUGUCUCUGUCAGAGAUCGCCUGGUGCCACCUCCACCUCCUCCACAUAACGUGUACGCCGAGACCAACAGUUCCACCUCCGUAUUUCUGCACUGGGGUCGACCAGCCUUCACCUCCAGUCAUGCAAUUAACUACACUGUCCGCUGCAACCCAGUAGGCCUGCAGAACGCCUCCCUGGUGCUGUACUUGCAGACGAGUGAGCAAAGCCUCCUUGUGCGAGAUCUGGAGCCCAACACCAAGUAUGAAUUCGCCAUCCGCCUUCACAUCGACCAGCUGUCCAGCCCCUGGAGCCCUGUGGUUUAUCAGAGCACUUUCCCUGAUGCUCCCACUGUGCCCCCUUGCAAUGUGAAAGUGACUUUAAUUGAAGAAGACACGGCGCUGGUUUCAUGGAAACCCCCAGAUGAACUCAACGUGGCUGUGACACAUUACACAGUGCUGUACGCCUCCAGACACUCCUGGAUAGCUGGGGAGUGGCAAGUGCUGCAAAGAGAAGGGAGCAUCACCAUGGCUCUGCUGGAGAACCUGAAGCCUGGCCAGGUUUACUUGGUGAAAGUUUCUGCCUCGAACAUCAUGGGUGAUGGUCCGUUUUCUCAUACGGUGGAGCUGACCGUACGAGCAGAUCUCUCCUCGAGUCACGACCCUCGGCUCACCCGUGGCUCCACACACUCCACAGCCUUUUCUGAUGGCUUCUACCACCUGGACCAAAAGUCAAUGACAGGGAUCACUGUGGGAGUCUGCAUAGCUCUCAUCUGUAUCAUCAUCUGUGCUUUCAUUAUUGUCUGCAGAGGCAAAAACAGGAAAUUUUCAGCUGUUAAAAUGUACAGAGAUGGAGUGAGCUCACCUGCCUCAGCUGCAGGACAUCAGGGCUCUGAGAGACAAGCUGAAGAUGCUGAUGUGACCAUGCCAAUGAUGAGUCAAACCCAUUUCAUUGAUACCAAGGGUGGAACAGAUCUUAUCAUCAAUUGUCUUGGUCCCAUUCAGCCCAGCACUGAGAAGAAAGAGAAAUGGUUUUCGUUCAGCAGUAAUGUGAAAAAGGACAGUAAAGCAGUGCAGAAUUUGAGACAUGGAGUCGCCUCCUACCAGCCUGGUACCACAGUGUUGACCUUUGAAGAGGAGCUGUCCUUGUCUCCAGACCAGCCCAUCACCAUGCAGGCCCUCCUCUGGCGUCCCGGUGACACAGAGGGCUCCUCCAACAGCGAGGAAAGCCACGCCACUGGCGACUCUGGUCGUUACUCUCACGAUGAGACGGAGAUGACCAACCUGUCGUCUGGUCCCAGCAGUCGCCCACCGUCUCUGACGGCGGAGGACAGCGGAGACUCGGACUUCAGCAGCCCCACCGAAGAACCAGGCGAGCUGCUGGAGGAAAGUCAGACUGACAUGAAGUUUACUGAGUCCAUCGAGAACAGCUGCUGUAAUCGUGAAGCGCAGAGCGACUCUCAGUCUGCACUUUCUCUCCAAGUGUGUGGGCAUGUGCCUGAGUGUGUCUGAAACCGUGUGUGUGUGAGUGUGUGUGAGUGAAGGGUGAAGUGUGGUGUACUUCCAAAAAAGUCAACCAGUAUUGAAGUGGAACAACUGAGCAGAUCACGUCAUAGAAGUAUCUGCAUAUUCCCUGCAGCUUCGCAUGUGUUCAUGUAGAGGGAGCUGAAAAAAUAUAUAAUUUAACAUUUUGAGAAAUAGACUCAUUUACCUUCUGGCAGAGAGUUAGAUGAGAGGAUCGAUGACCCACGCUUUUGUCUGUUAAAUACAAGGCUACACUCAGGAGGAGCUGUAGCUUAGCUUAGCACAGAGGUUAGAGAAGGGGGACACAGCUCUCCUGCCUCUGUCCAAAAGGAAUAAAAUCUGCCCACCAGCAUCUCUGAAGCUCACUCAUUAAGAUUGUCUUGUUUAUUUAAUUUGUACAAAAACCAAACAAAAAAAAAAACAAGUUGUGGUAUAUUUCUUAAAGACCUCUGAUUUCCUGAAGUCUCCACUGAUUGCAUGGCAACAUGGUAUAAUUUCCAGUAUAAUUUCCAGCUGGUAACCUUUGUUGCAUGUCAUACUUCAGUUGCACAACUCUCUGUAAAAGUGAUGAAUUGUGGUUUUUAAAGUUCUGUGUUUGCAGAGGUUAAACAAACAAGAUAAAGCGUGUUAAUAAGUGAACUGUAGAGAUGUUUUGUUGCCAGAUAUGAGAGUGGUAUGUAUUUUCUCUUCCCAAAAUGUCGAACUAAUCCUUUAAUUGUGUUGCUGCCACUUAGAGAAACAGGAAAUACACACCCUCAGGAAACCACAAAGGAUGACACAGGAGGGGAAAUGAUAUAUAUUCUCUGCACAGCUAUCAAGCUAAGGACACAUUUGACUAAAAUUCAUCCACACGACCUCCUGCAGUUAUUUUCCACUGCAAGUGUACCACAGGCCUGAAUGUAACUGUGUGUGUGUGUGUGUGUGUGUGUGUGUGUGUGUGUGUGUGUGUGUGAGGGAGAGAGAGAGAGAGGUGUAAAGAAACAAAGAGAGACCCGUUUUUUAACAUUUAUCUUUAUUCGUUAAAAACAUACAAUGAACAGGAAGCCAACAGAUUUCUUGAUUGAUAGAAGACGUUGGCAGGGAGCUUCAUUUGAUUUCUUUUGCUUCUGUUGUUCUCAUUCAAUGAAUGUCUUUUUUUUUUUCUUAAAUUUUAAAUUUGUGUGUGUAUGUUUUUGAAAAAAAAAAUCUCACCCGCCAUGAAUGUUUAAAAAUCCUGUCAAAAAUGUGACAAAAUUGACAUUUCUGACAUUAUUUAAGAGAGUUUAUCACUGGAGCGAAAGGGAAGUGUGAGUCCUUUUCACUGAUUAUCUACCUCAGUUUACCUCCGGGUAAACUUCCACUGUAUAUUUAAUAACUACUUAUACCUACGUUAUGUGAUGGGCUGCCUCAGUUACAUCACGUUUGAUACUUCCUGAUGACCUUCUUCUGAUUGUCACCCCACUUUGUUUUUUCCUCUUACUUUGUUCUGAUUUACGGAUGGUAAGGGCGCUGCAGCUUCCCUCUUUCGUUCCACCUGCUGUGUGGACUGAGUCAUGGAAUACACACAUGCAGCUUCUUAUUUAUCUCAUCAGACGUCGCUGAGCUGCUGAGCCAAUAUUAAUAAUAGUUUUUUUCUUCAAUUUGUCCAUUAUUGAGUAAUGGUAUGAAAAGACGGUAUAUGUCUGCUUUUGUUUUGUGCAUCGAUGUGCAGCUGCCCCUGCCAUUCCUGACUUAUACUACCUCGUUUAAGAAUUUAUUUUAUUGUCUUAUUGUUUUCCUAAACUCAGGGAACAAGGUUUAGUACAUCUGAAAAGUCAUGUAAUGUUACAUGCUGAAUUGACAGGGUAUCUUCUCAGUACUAAACCCUCAUAUUGUGUAAUUGCCUAAUAGAAUAUGCUAUGAAUGUAUCCCCGACAUUGUGUGCCAGUAACUCAGAUGUUUGUACAGCCCUCCGCCCUCUGUAGUGUCUCCUCAGGUGCUGUAACGUCUGUUUUGACAACAGACCCCUUUUGUUUAUUGACUUCUUGCUUUUGAUUCGUGUAAUGUUUCACACCAGAAGUGCUUGUAGUGGCAUGUCGGUACAGAAAAGCUUUAUGAUUAGCCUUAAUGUGGGAGAUGCCCCUCAGAUGCUGAAACUGAAGCCUAAUCUUUCUGAGGGAGAAGCUCCACAUGAGGAUGCAACACGUGAAGAAUGAUUGUAGUUAAAGCAAUGGAAGUGUUUAAUCAGAGAAAGUGAAGUAUUGAAUGAACACCAUGAAACGGUUUAAUUUGGGGGGGGAAAAAUCUAUAUUUUUAUUAGAAGAUAAUGUACUACUGAGUACACAGUGUAGUUACUUUUGUUCCUAGUAGUUUUUUUUUGUUUUUUUGGUUUUUUUUGCUUUGCCGUAGAAUAGAUAAAAAUUAGCACUUGUCUGCCAAGUAGUUUGUAUUAUCAGCCAAUGUGCAGCGGUGACUGUGAUGCUAUAACCCAAAGAGUUGUUUGCUACCUGAGUUUUAUUUUAGUCUCUCAACUAAUCUCUGGCAGAAGGUUACUGAGGAAUGUGAAAUAAUCUGAGCAGAUCAGACCAAAGAUGAAAUGCGGCCUUUGAGAUGAGUUGAGGCGCUGCUCCUCAAACGAAGCCUUGCACAUUAGUGGCCUUGACCCGCGACAGAAAGAGUGAAGAUAGUUGCAGGUUGGAACUCUGAGUAAGUGCCAGCAGGAUGCAUGGGCACUUAAUGACGAUGGAGUGACAAUUAAUAAUCAAUUUUAUGCACACGAAAUGAUCCUAUCACAGAGUCUCUCUAAAACUGUUGCAAGCAAACGUCUGUACAUUGUAGGUGAAAAUUAUAAGAGUUAAAUACAGUAUAUUAUAUUGAUUAGAAGUCUGCAUUGCAACAGUGCAGUCUUGUGUGAAUGUGCACCCACUGGUACUUAUAUACAAAGAGUUUCUAAAUGGGAGGUUUGGUUUUUUUUUAACAAGAUGUACAUGUGAAAUAUUCACAUUUCAUUCCUAUUUAUAGAUGUUUUGAAGAUAUCACAAAAAUAUUUCAUAUCACAAAGAUUGUAAAAUGGUCAGUGGGUGCACAAAUAUUUUCACAUUUCUGUAUUUUUAAUCAAGAGGACUCUACAGAGGAUUCAAUCAUGGGAAAGUUUGGGAUGAGAAGUGACACAAUCAGUUAAACUUCCUUUUGAAAAGCAAACAAAGUAAACCAAAGAGGUCACCGUUGCAUAUUGGCAAGAGAUCAGUUUAAAAGCAUCCUAUCUUUGUGUGAAAUGUUGUCAUUUUCAGUGUUCUCAUACUCAUUUUAUGACUGCAUAACGUGUCGUACUACGAGACAGCAGGAAGAAAACGUUACCCAGCGUCAUUUGUUUCCACAAAAUCAAGUUUUAAUCCUUGUCUGUUUUCUUUCAAGAAAGAGAAGGAUACAGAUUUCCAUUUCAACUUGAACCCUUUGGUGUAUUCAUAUAUCCUGUAUCGUCAGAGCCUUAAGGGCUCAGUUCAGACUCUGAAAACGGCUCUCAUGGUCAGGAAAUAAGAUGGCGUUCUGGAGACUGACCUCAUAUUUCACGAAAAACUGCAACUGUUUACCUGUUUCAACCUGUCAUAGUGAGUCGUACAGGUUCUGGAUCAGGCCUUUACAGCUCAUACAGGUGCAAGUUCUACCUCGAGUUUUUAUAAUCGUUAUAUUCCUGUGAUUGGUGCAGAUGCUAUAUGCUCAUUAAUGUCUGCACAACUGAGCCAAGCUGUACUAUCAUCAAACAAGGGACCGGGGACGUUGGUCUGCUGUCUUUCAUCUCAUAAAUGGUGUUACGUUGGAAUUACGUUCGUGUCCAACAAUGUGAACUGAACGGGGUAAGACGUAGCGUCUGUUCUGCCGAUGAUCUGACUCACUGUUCGUUCUCCUUUUUGCAGUAAUGUGGUGUUUGAAUAAUGUGAGGAGGAGCACUGCGGGUCAUUUACAGUCAAACUCAGGGGAGCCCACAGCUGCUCCUCCUCAAAGAGAAAGCAGGUUUCAAAAAGUCUUGAAAAUUGAAUGUACCUUUUUGUAAUUAUCAUGUUUUCCGGUAUUUUCUGUUCAUGUUUGUUAUAUUUUGUCGGAUUGUCUUUGUCAGCAAAAUCGCUUGAAAGUUGGUUUUGCCAAAAAUGUUUAGCUAGGAGAUUUUAGACAGUCAAUAAUUAUGGAAAAGUCUGAUUCUCAGUUUAAAUAAAAGUAGAAAAUUCC